AUGGAUCCACCCUCAGACCCCUCUCCAGAUGUGAGUUCAGAAGUGGAGCGUAAGUUUGACUCUGCAGAGGAAAGCUUAGAGCCGAGUAUUGGCCAGGAUGAGAGCUCAGGGAAUACUAGCCUGAUGGAGCAGCCUCAGCUGGAUGAGACCCCGCUUUCCACACCAACCACAAGAGACAGCCUUGACAAACUUUCGCUAACUGGCCACGGUCAACCUCUUCCUCCUGGCUUCCCAUCUCCUUUUCUAUUUCCUGAUGGAUUGUCGUCCAUAGAAACCCUCCUGACAAAUAUCCAGGGGCUCUUAAAAGUUGCCAUCGACAAUGCCCGGGCUCAAGAGAAGCAGGUGCAGCUUGAAAAGACAGAACUCAAAAUGGAGCUCUUCAGGGAGCGAGAACUGAGAGAAACACUUGAAAAACAGUUAGCGGUGGAGCAGAAGAACAGAGCAAUAAUUCAGAAAAGGUUAAAGAAGGAAAAGAAGGCGAAGAGGAAAUUGCAGGAGGCGCUUGAAUUCGAAACAAAGCGGCGAGAACAAGCUGAGCAGGCGCUAAAGCAAGCAGCUUCCACCGAUAACCUCAGGGUCCUAAAUGAUUCUCUGACCCCAGAGAUAGAAGCUGACCGCAGCGGAGGCCGAACAGAUGCUGAGAGGACAAUACAAGAUGGAAGACUUUAUCUGAAAACUACUGUUAUGUACUGAGUUCGUCCAGUCGGAACAAUGUGUAUUACCAAUCCAGAGGACUCUGCAGUAAAACAUCCAGUGUUUUCAGAAGUUCUGCAAAAAAUAAAAAUAAAAAAGUGAGGAAGGUGCUUUGCAGAAAACUUUUAUCACUUCACGUAGCCAUGGGUGGAGAUCUUAAGCGUUUGAUGGGAGCAUCCCCAUUGCAUUGUCCAAGCUCCAUCCUGUGUUACAGAAGACAUUUCUACAAACUGGUGUAGCUUUCUAGUAGCUACCAGGAAAUCUGUACUGAGACUCCAGAGCAAAUCUAUGUACUCCCAUUUCAAUGGAAUAAGAACUAUUAUUCUCUUCUGAAUCUUUUAGGCACAUCAAGGAAAUCUUCCACUUCUCAUCUUAAGCACUCUUAUGCCAAACCAGCAAGAUGGUAGAAAAAGAAUGAUUAUUUCUCAAAUGGGCAUCAGAAGAUUCCUAAAACAAAAAAACUGACGUUAGGAGUACACAAAACAAAAUGUUAUAUAUCGCUUUCUUCUUUUUUUUCUUCAAAUUCUGAGAAUUGGAUUUUUUUUUUCACACGGCCUUUGCAAGAGACCAAGGUGUACCUUACAGAAUUUAAAUCAGUUUUAUCUCAGCAAAAGAAGUAGUUUGAACAGCAUUUGCGGUGAUCGCAAGAAGAA